UCUUCUACCAGUGAAAUAAUAAUAAAAUUAAAAUUACAACUCCUUCAAUCGUCAGUCAGUCUCACUAUGGCUGGAGGAAACGCCUUUGGCACCCUUAGGUGGCUUUCUCGUAGCUCGCGAGGUCUUUUUGCCGGGGCUGAGACUACCACGCAGCGAUGCCUUGCCAAACCAUUAUCCCGAUCGUUGAGCACAGAGGCCUCGACAGCCGCCAGCGAGAAUCUUACACGAGAAGCCCCCCAAUCGCCGUGGAAUCAGCCAGUCCUGGCGACCACCUACUCCUUCCCUUCCAUGGAGCCCAUUCGGUUCGUCGAAUACCCUCGUAAUCACCUCAUGAUGCCACUACGGAAGGAUAUCCUACACAGAGCCGUUGUCUACGAAGGCGACAUGACCCGACAAGGCACAGCAAGCACAAAAUGGAGGGACGAUGUACAUGGAAGCGGCCGGAAGCUGUACGCUCAGAAGGGAACCGGUCGGGCACGUGCGGGUGAUAAGAAGUCACCUAUCCGCAGGGGUGGUGGUGUGGCCUUUGGUCCCCAUCCGCGCGACUUUUCGUCCGGACUUCCUCAGAAGGUAUACGACCAAGCCUGGCGAACUGCCCUCAGCUACCGGUAUCGACGAGGGCAGCUGAUCAUCAUUGACAACGAGAUUGAUAUUCCCAGUGAUGCGACUCCGCACUUGAUCAAGGAGAUUUUCAAGGUGAACCGCUGGGGACGGGAGUUUGGCCGCUCGACGCUCAUUACAGACCGACCGCAGGAGGAAUUAUUUGACACGGUGCGCCAAGUGGGAGAACAUGCCAAAAUCCUCGACCGUCUAGAUGUGGAUGUCAAGGAUCUCUUGGAAACUGGACGAUUGAUUGUGGAGAAGGCGGCUUUGGACCGUAUUCUGGCUCAGCACUCGCGGGAUCUGAAGCACCAGCCGGCGAAGGCGUUGUAUUAAGGGGGAUUGGGUAGCUUGCUUCGUCUUUUCCCAGCCCAUGUGGCCUGGAUAUAUGUACCAAUAGAUCUAUUUCUAACAUUUCUGUAUGAAUGAUUCCUUUGAGCAUUAUAUUUGAUUCUCUGUCCUGCCGUGCCGUCGUAUGUAGGCCAGGUCCUCCCUCUAUGAACGACUUUGCUUUAUGAUUUAUUCUUUUUAUUAAUUAGCAUGAGAUAGCUGGCAAUUUAAAUCUCU